AUGGAAGUAGCAGGUUUAGCUCUGGCUGCCCCUGCAGUCGUGGAAUCGGCCUUGAAAUGGUCCGCUGAGUUGAGCACGCGUUGGGAUGACUACAAAGACGCAGAUGGGAAAGUCGGAGAGGCCGUCCACGAAUUGCAAAUCAUCUCGAGCACCAUCCAGAUCUGGUCGGACAUCCUACGCAAAAUCUGGGAAGAGGUGCCCCACGAUCUGCAACCUACGCUGACUACCCAUCUUCACAUUAUGGAUUCUAAAACACGCCUGGUCGCAGCCAAUUUGGAUGCCCUGAUUGGCUCCCGCGAACGUUUCUGCAGUCCAGAAAGCAUUCGGCGAAAACGAGGAUCCGUCAAGAAAUGGAAAUACGCCCUGCACUCUAAAGAAGAGCUCAUGAAGAACCUCGAAGAGCUUAGACGUAGCAUGCGUUUGUUUGAUAGCUGCUUCCAGCUAUUGGUCCUCAUUCCUUCCCGUAAAUUGGACGAUUCGAUCCGAGGGACAGGAAGCCACAGGGAGGGACCCAUGAUGCAGUUUAGGAAAUUGCGCGCAAUACAGUCGGGCCGCUCUACCUCGCCUCUUCCGGGGUCAUCCAUCUUCCUCGAUCCAAACUCCUUCGAAUAUGUCGAUGAAACUCGCAUCGAAUUCUCCACGGCAUCUGUGGCAAUACUAUCACGCGGCAAUAUUGACCACAAGGUUCUCGUCGACCGUGCACCGAGCUCGCCAGCAAUGUCAAAGGAAGGUGUCCGCAACCUUGCUCGUAAAUUUGCUGAUGUGGAUCCUGCAUUUGCCCACGUUCUUCCUUGUAAAGGAGUUCUCCAGACAUCCUCUAGCUUCUCUUUCGUUUUCGAAAUACCCGAAGGUCUAGGCUCCCCGCAAACGCUCCGCUCCGCCUUGCUGAAACACCGAACAACCUAUACUCUUACGCAGCGGAUAGAUCUCGCGAUGUACCUCGCAUACAGUACGCUCUUCCUCCACCAGGCUAAGUUUGUCCACAAGAAUAUCAGACCGGAGACGAUCAUCCUUCUGUCCAACACCUACAGCGAUCACCAGGACGGCUCCUUGGGAAAACCCUAUCUCAUAGGCUUCGACGAGAUUCGGCAAGAAGACGGCGUCACCCAGAUGAUUGCCGAUGAUGUUCUCGAAAAAAACAUUUACAGGCAUCCCGACAGACAAGGGCUCAAGCCUCAGCACCGCUAUGCAAUGCAACACGACAUAUACAGCCUGGGUGUGUGUCUGCUCGAGAUCGGGAUGUGGAAGCCUUUCAUCACAUACAGCACUGUCACCAAGGGAGGUUCUCCAGUGCCAAUACCCGUACCGUCUUUCCGCAAAAGGGAGAGAAAACCAUUGGAGCUGAAGGAAAAGCUGGUGUCCUACGCCAAGGAGACAUUGCCGAGCAUCAUGGGUGCGAUAUACACUGAUGUAGUCAUGUCAUGCUUGACAUGCCUUGACGAGAAUAGCGAGGGUUUCGGUGACCUCGGCGACCUUUUCGAUCAGGAUGGGGUUAUCGUUGGAGUGCGUUACAUUGAGAAGGUUCUCAAGAAAUUGCACGGAAUCAGAGUGUGA